UCAAAAAACUUUAUCGGUUUGACAGCCCUGGACAUCUUAGAGCAUCAAAGAAUGCUGGAUGACCAAGAAAUUAGGGCCAUGUUAUUCAGUGUUGGAGCUAUGGGAGGAGCUAUUCUUCCUAGUAAUUGCCCCUUCAAACGUUAUUUAAGAACGGAUCAGAGGUUGAGGAAGGCGGCUCAAGAGGGAGAUAUUGAUGCCUUAUAUGAAGUAAUACAAGAGGAUCCGAGCAUCUUAGAUCGCAUCGAUCAAAUAGCGUUUAUCGAUAAUCCUAUGCACAUAGCUGCAUCAGCGGGGCAUGCUCAUUUUGCCAGGGAGACGAUGAUGUUAAAGCCAACAUUUUCAAGGAAGCAAAACCAACAUGGAUUCAGCCCAAUGCACCUUGCUUUGCAAAACGGAAACGACCGGACAGUGCUUCAUCUCUUAUCUGCAGACCGAAAUCUUGUUCGUGUCAAAGGGAGGGAGGCCAAGACUCCCUUGCAUUGUGCAGCUGAAAUGGGAAAUGUGGAUCUCCUGUCUGAAUUUUUAGCCGCUUGUCCGGAAUCAAUACGAGAUCUGACGAUUCGUAACGAAACAGCCAUCCAUGUGGCUGCAAAGAAUGACCGUUUCGGAGCUGUUGAAGUUUUGUUAGGAUGGCUUCAGCAUGUUGAUAUGGAUGUGGUCCUAGAUUGGACUGAUGAUGAAGGAAACACUGCAUUGCACAUUGCCAUAUAUAGAAAUCAAUUCCAGGUUGUCAAAUUGUUAAUGAACAGGAUUAACAUAAAUGCCAAGAAUUUGGAAGAUUUAACUGCUCUUGACAUCUCCAAGCUUCAAGGGCCUGCGUGUGACAAAGACAUAUGGAAUUUGCUGCACCAAAAUGGCGCUUUAGGAGCUUCUUCACUACCUAGAGUUACCACCCUUGUAGAUUUCUUAAGAACAAAGAUAUCGGUGUUCGAGGAAAGGAUAACAUCAACUUACCUCAGAAGAUGUUGCAUGUCGAAUGACAACCGAAACGCAUUGCUAGUGGUAGCUGUGCUGAUUGCAACAUCUACUUUCCAAGCUGCGUUAAGCCCGCCCGGGGGAACUAGGCAAGGUUAUGGUUUCAGCACCAACUCCACUAGUGAACUAAAUCAACCCGCAUCACCCGUUGCCUUUAAUGAUAUGGCUCCAUGGAUUUGCUUCUUGGCCUUCAACACUAUGGCCUUCCUCACAUCAGUAUCAGAGAUCUGCUUUCACCUCCCAAAAGGACUUUAUUUCUCACUCAAGUUUGUUUUACCUCUUGUGCUAUGUCAUAUGCUUUCGUUGAGCCUCACAACGGCCUUUUCGCGCGUGAUACUGUUUUACAUUAUGUUGUUGUUUCUAUCGCGGUGGAAAGCAGCAGCAAGGUUCAUCUUUUUCAAGAGGUCUUUGGAACUUAAGCUUCACUUGUUGAAACAUUGCCCCAACUUGCACAAAGAAUUGAACGCAUAAAUUCUUACACCAUAGCAUAUGUG